GUGCCGGUGACGUUUGAUGACGUCUCUGUGUACUUUUCGGAGUCAGAGUGGGGGAAGCUGGACAAGUGGCAGAAGGACCUCUACAAGACCGUGAUGACAGGGAACUACGAAUUGCUGAUCUCUCUGGAUUACGCCAUCUCCAAACCGGACCUCCUGUCCCGCAUCGAGCGGGGCGAGGAGCUGUGUGUCACUGAGCAGCAGGGCCCCGAGGACAGGGAGCUUCCCGCGGCGCCCGGCGCAGCAGCAGAACCCGCUGCUGUUACCCCUGAAGUUGUCUCUUGGGCGGAAGAAGAUGACAAUCCCCGUGCUGGUGUUCAGGGAGACUCAGAAGAGCAAGAUAUCCCUAGCAGUGGCACCGCCGCGGGUGAGUGGGGUGCCGAACGGCUCGCUGAAGACGGCUUUGUCAUCAAGACAGAGGAGAGGGUGACCGCGAGCCCGGAGCCGUGCGGUGCGUCACCGGCAGAGCCAGAAGAGUCUCCUCCGCGGGGCUGGGAGACCGGGCUGCUGGGCAACGAUCAGGGCGCUGCCGGUCACCGAGAGCCG